AUGGCAAACCAGAUGUACGCUUUUCCGCAGCCGUGUCCAACAUCAACUGUGCCAAUACCACAGCCAAGGGUAAGACGUUCUCGUGCGAGUAGACCAAAGGUCAAAACCGGCUGUUUGACUUGCAAGUCAAGAAAAGUCAAAUGCGAUGAAGCAAAACCGGGUUGUUUGCGAUGUGUUCGGUUUGGACAUAAAUGCGAAGGCUACGCUUAUCUUCAGAAAUCCAAUGUGAAGCCCACUAUUGUAACUAACAUCGCACCCCGAGCGCUCGUACCGAGAACUGGAUAUGUGUCCAUUAGUCCCGCUAUAUCUCCCACUUCUGUGGCUUCAACAUCAUCUUCCAUUUUAUCACAACCAGAGGUUUCUGUUUCUCCACCAUCGACGUGGAGAAAUAAGAGUGCAGAAGAACGUUUUCGGAAUUUUGUGAGAGAAAUCACAGGGAGUUCGGGAUACUUCGAGGUUUGGUGGGGUCUUAUCUUCUUGGGGUGUCAAUCUUCCUCCCUCGCUUUUGAUGCAGUUCACAUGAUUGGAUCUCUUGAUCUACGACCAAAGAAUCGAGAGAUCCAAAUAGGUACCUUUAGACAUAUGUCUAGUUAUCGAGAGUAUUGCAAUACGAAAUAUGUGACGAAGAAAAGGACAGUACCAUUUUCCGAGGGCCCAGGAAUGGGUGUAGGUGUCAUUGACAUUGAUGUGGAUAGUAGAACAACGCUUAUCACCCACCUUCUUUCUAAUAUGAUGGGUAGGGGUAACGAAGUAGACAGCCAUGAAAGGGUUUCAACUAUGUAUUUGGGACUAAGAGCACUACGUGAGUGGGUGGUUAGGACAUAUAUCCCCCAAGGCGGUCAUCUAGGAUCAAUGUCCGAAAGUACUUGUCUGAAGUGCUUUCGUCGUUUGGAACUAAGAGUCCUACGAGGCGAAGAAUGGCUUGGAAAGGGUUAUAAUGAAAAGUAUGGAGUGGCUUGCUUCGACCCUCAAACGACAUGA